AUGAUAACCUGCUCCUCUUCUCAUCGAUCAUUACCAAAUGUUCCAUUAUCUAAUUCUACCGUAUCAUCGAUUAGUACUGAAACUAUUCCAUCACAUUUCACGGCUAAUAAUUCUACAUUAUGUAUGACUUCACGUAUAGAUGAUGAUAUUGUUGAAAUUAUUCCUGAAUUUACGAAACGUAGUUAUACGUUGGAUUGCAGUGAUGUACAACGAAUUCGAAUUUCAUGCAAUAUAUUCGAUAGAAAAAAUGAUAUUCCGAUGGAUAAUCGUGCUGUAAUUGGUUUUCAACAAAGAAAAAUGAAAGAAUUUCCGUUACAAACGGAUGAUGAAAUAUCUGAAAUACCGAUAUUGGGAUUGAAAAAUCCUGUUGUCUUUUUAACACCGAAAGUAAUGCAUAAGAAGAAGUCGUUAUCAGCAGGUUAG